GUGAAGUCGCCGCAUUGUUCAAGAGGCUGCCUUGCCCUUAAUGCCUUGACAGAAGCUACUGUUUACACGGACUUUUCAUUCCUGCUUUGUUUGCUUAUGGAAAACAAGGGGGAGUGACGGAAAAAAAAAAAAAAAAAAAAAAAAAAAAGAGAGGAAAGGGAGAAGGGAAGCGAGGGAGGCACUGACCGCAGGAGCCUUGCCCCCCCCCGCCUGAUCAUUAACCCUGCUGAAAGGGUCGCUGCCGGCUGUCUCCCCGGCGUGGGAGCCAGGAGGGGGCUGCCGGCCUCUUAGAGCCACGCGGGACGGCGUUCUAUACAUUUCUUCGCCUAUCUACGCACGCACACGCACCCCGGAGCGCGGCCCUACGCUGACCGCAGCCAUGAGACUCCAACUGCUGGUUUUUAUCGUGUUUUUCCUCCUGGCGAGCCUCCUCCCUGCCCACGGGCAGAGGCCAGCCAACCUGGCCCUGCGCAGGAAGCUCCACCGGCACGGCUGCUCCCACCGGCGCUGCAUGCCGCUCCACUCCAGGGUGCCCUUCCCCUGAACCCCCGCGGGAGCGUGGGGCGAGCAAUUUCAUAUUGGGCUUUUCAGUGUUUUAAAGGAGUAACAAUUAAACCAAUAGAGAAGUUAGUCAGAAGUCCAGAUCGACAAC